AUGGCAGUGACGGACGCUAUACCAGUCGGUUGGACCGACCAGGGUGAUACAACCUCUACAUCCCUAGCACACUCCUCGGGCAACAACACCGAUAUCGAGAAAUCUGGCGACGACCUUGAGGUCGCCGCUGUCGCCGAAGAGGAAGAUCCUCAUCCAGCCACGGGAAUCAAGUGGUGGCUGAUUCUGAUUGCCAUCUACAGUACCACUUUCCUCUAUGGGUUGGACAAUACUAUUGUGGCCGAUGUGCAGGGUUCUGUUGUCGAGAGAUUUGGUCAAGUUGAGAAGUUGAGUUGGAUUGGAACUGGCUUUCCUCUUGGAUCUGUCGCGGUCAUUUUGCCAUUUGGCUUUGCUUUUGGAACCUUCAACAAUAAAUGGGUUUAUAUCAUGAGUCUUGUGAUCUUUGCGACGGGAAGUGCAAUCUGCGGUGGUGCUCCAAAUAUGGACGCCUUGAUUGUUGGGCGUGUCAUUGCAGGUGCUGGUGGCGCUGGACAGUAUCUAGGAGUGCUCAAUUUGAUCACGCGAUUCACCACGAUGCAGGAACGAUCUCACUACAUGGGCAUGACUGGCUUGACAUGGGGAGCCGGUACAAUUUUGGGUCCCGUUAUCGGCGGCGCUUUUGCUGAUUCCUCGGCGACCUGGCGAUGGGCUUUCUACCUCAAUCUGGUCAUCUAUGGUGUUUUCUCGCCUAUUUAUUUUCUCUGGCUCCCAUCUAUUCCCGUCAUCCCUGAGAAGUCGUUCUUGAGCAAGAUCGUCGCGAUGGACUGGGUUGGUAUUACCUUGAAUGCUGGAAUCUAUCUCACAUGGGUAAUGGCUCUGACAUUCGGCGGUGCCACAUAUGCCUGGAACUCGGAGCAAGAAAUCGCUCUCUGGGUCGUAUUUGGUGUUUUGUUACUCGGAUUUCUUCUCCAGCAAUACUUCAUGGUCUUCACCAGCAUCAAUCAACGAAUCUUCCCUGGACAUUUCCUCAAGCGCCGGACAUUGGUUCUAUGUUUUAUCGCUACCAACUGCGCCGCGACUUCGUUUUUCGCCAUCAUAUACUAUCUGCCUCUCUACUUUGAGUUUGUGAAUGGCGAUAGUAGCUUGAAAUCCGCAGUUCGCCUCCUGCCCGUUGUCUGCACUUUCGUCUUUUGGUGCAUUGCCUCCGGCACAGCAAUGCCGUACGUGGAAUAUUAUUUCCCUUGGUACGUCGUCUCCGGAAUCCUGAUCGCAGUUGGUGGAGGUUUGAUGUACUCUGUGGACAUCAACACCAGUACCUCUGCGAUCUAUGGAUAUUCAGUCCUCAUCGGCUGUGGAGGUGGUGCAAUCAUGCAAGCUGCCUAUUCGAUUGGACCUGCAAAGGUCAUUCCGGUGUGGGAAGACAUUCCUCCUGUUAUCGGAUUCAUUAACGUUGCGCAAAUCGGUGGUAUUAUGCAUUCCCUUGCUAUUUCUGGAGCUAUUUUCCAGAACUAUGCUUUCAGAUAUGUGAGCGAAGCACUUGCGCAUCUGCAUCUUAGCGCUGGAGAAAUCCAGUCUGCCAUUGCGGGGACGACCAGUACAGUAUUGCAGAACCUUUCUCCUGCUGACCAAGCUCUGGCAACCCAGGCUAUUGUUCACGCUAUGCAGAAGGUCUACAUUUUGAUUCUGGUAGCGGGCGCGGUUUGCUUUGUCUGCGGUGCCUUGAUGCGACGUGAGAAGCUGUUCAUGGAAAGGGCCGCUACUGGAUAA